AUGAGUGAAGAAGAGGACGAGUUGAAAGAAAUAAUACCGAUACCAUUAUUAUCAGGAGAUGGAGAGAGAGAAGUUAAAAUUACCAUUAAAGAAGAUAUUAUCCCACACAAUGGGGAAGAAAUAACUCAUAUUGUUUGCUCACCGAAUGUCAAAUAUGUCGCAACUUGGAGUAACGAUGAUAAAUCAAUUUGCGGGUGGUCAGUUAUAGAAAGACAGCAUCAACUCAACUUUGACAACUCACUUACUCGUCAGGAUCUUAGCAGUUUACCGAUUCGUAUUACUACGGGUGAUCUUAAGAAUGUUCCAACUCAUGUCAUCAAUUACGUUGACGACUUUAAGGAUACCUUUUAUUUUGAUGAGAUAUACGGAAUCAUCGAUCUAAAAACAAAAUUACUGCAAAAAUUUGAAGUUCAAGGUUUAAGCGCGCUUUCUGCUUAUGAAGCCAUUUAUGCAAGGAAAUUAUUUCAACUUAGAUUAGACAGCGAAUUGAAUAGCCAAGAUGCACCAGAAAAAUUCCUGUAUCCUAAUGUUGUCAUCUCUGAUUUUAUUGUGGGUGUCUGGGACAAUAAGUUAUGGAUUCAAACUUUGGUCCGCGAGACUAAAGAAUGGACUGAAUAUUUACGUGAAGAGCUCCAUGACUACAAUAGAAUUCAAAUACAAUUUUGUGCUGAAGAAAUAGAACUGAUGAUGGAAGACACUUUGGUAAAGGCUAAAAUUUAUUUAAAUUAUAAUGAAACCAGAGUAAUUAAAAAAAAAAGCUAUUAUAAUGGAUACUUAUAUACUUGGAUUGUUGAGGAAACUGAUGAUAAUACUUUUCUAACAGCAUGGAUGUUUGAUCAUAAAGCUUUAGCAUGGAGCAAAGUUGGAAAUAAAAUACAGACUUUUUUAUCUGACAUUAAACUACUUACUAGUGAAGAUAUAGUGGCAAUUUCACCAAAAGGACUAUUUGUUUGGACAGUAGUUAAGGGUCAUGGAAUCAAGUUACUUUAUUAUUGGGGUUCAGUUAAAAUCGCUAAACCCAAUGCAUAUUAUUAUGAAUUAGUCAUUGACCAAAUUGAGUUUCUUAACGAUAAAUUGGUGUUUUCUAAAAACGCUCUACCUCCUCCAAGCUUCACUAGAGAAAUUGGAAUUAAAAUCGAUAAAUAUGAAGAAAAACUCAACAAAAUCCUUGAUGCUCUUGAAAAGCAUGCUGGAUUUCCAAUGGCAACUACCCUGC